AAUGCAAAAAGUCUUCAAGAAUGCUCUAGCUAAAUAUAGAGUAGUUUUUCUAAGACAUGGUGAAUCAUAAUGGAAUAAGGAAAAUAGAUUUACAGGAUGGCAUGAUGUUACACUCUCAUAAAAAGGAGUUGAAGAAGCUAAAGCUGCUGGAUAAUUAUUAAAGAAAGAAGGAUUCUAAUUCCAUUAAGUUUAUACAUCAGUAUUGACAAGAGCUAUUUAAACAUAUAAUUAUGCAGCUGAAGAAAUGGGAUGUCAUUAUUUACCAGUAACUAAAAGUUGGAGAUUGAAUGAAAGACAUUAUGGUGCCUUAUAAGGUUUAAAUAAGAGUGAAACAGCUUAAAAACAUGGUGAAGAUUAAGUUAAAAUUUGGAGAAGAUCUUAUGAUAUCCCACCUCCUCCAUUGGAUCCAACAGAUGCCAGAAAUCCAGCCAAUGAUAGAAGAUAUGCUGAUGUUCCUAAAGAUGCUUUACCACUUACUGAAUGUCUUAAGGAUACUGUUGUUAGAGUUAUUCCAUACUGGCAUGAUCAUAUUGCUUAAGAUAUCCUUGCUGGUAAAAAUGUUUUAGUAGUUGCUCAUGGUAAUUCAUUAAGAAGCAUUGUUAAGUACUUAGAUAAUGUCUCUGAGAAAGGUAUAACAAUCUCUUAUUAAAUUAGAUAUUCUUGAAUUGAAUAUUCCUACAAGUGUUCCAUUGGUAUAUGAGUUCGAUAGCAAUUUAAAAUCUUUGGGAUCUUAUUAUUUAGGAGAUCAAGAAGAAAUUAGAAAAAAAAUGGAAGCCGUUGCAAAAUAAGGUGCAAAGAAAUGAU